AAGCGGGAACUCGGAGGUGAUCCUGAUGAUCCUGGAUCUGGCCAGCCUGAACUCCGUGCGAGCUUUUGCGCAGACCUUCUUAGCGUCGGAGCCCCGUCUGGACAUCCUCAUCAACAACGCAGGGGUGAUUAAAGCUGGCCAAACCAUCGAUGACUUUAACCAGGCCUUCCAGGUCAACCACUUGGGCCACUUCCUGCUGACCCACCUGCUGCUAAACCGGCUGAAGCGCUGCGCCCCGAGCCGGAUCGUAAUUCUGUCCUCGAGUAUGCAUAUCUUUGGGAAGAUUGACUUUCGGACCAUCUACAAGCCGGUGGAAAGGAUGUGGCAGACAGUAAGAUCGUACUCCAACAGCAAACUAGCCAACAUUGUCCACGUGCGAGAGUUGGCCAAGCGGCUGGAAGGAACCAACGUCACCUGCUACGCGGUUCAUCCAGGACUGGUUCAAACAGAAAAUUCUCGCUCUCAUCCCCGUUGGGUAGUUUGGCUGCUUUGGACCAUCAAGCCGCUCCUCCGAGAUUGGAAAACUGGCGCCCAGACUAUCAUCUACUGCGCCACCGAGGAGGGCAUCGAGAGGCAGAGCGGGCGGUAUUUUGUGGACUGCCGGCCAAAGGUGCCCUGGCCACAAGCCCGUGAUGACCAGGUGGCCGAGAACCUCUGGGAAUUCAAUGAGAUGCUGCUGGGACUGACCACUUCAGACAGGACAAUGCAGAAGCGGCAUUUCGGAUUUCAGGGCAGACUGGAAUGGUUUAUAGAAGAUGCCGUGCGCCAACAGGAUAAAUCCAUAGUGGUGCUGACAAAG